ACACACGCGCGCACACGCUCAGCGCUGCGAGCCAGAGCAUCGCUCCUCCGGUGGCACAGCUCACUUUCUAGCGCCUAAUCCGACUAACGACGCGGUGGGACUGCGAAGUUGCUCUAAAAGGAGCCGGGAUCGAUCGCGGCGCACACCUGGAUAAGCGCGCAGGGAGCAGCGAAGGGACCAGAGCGCGUCGGUUUGGAACGCGAACAUCAUGCUUGGCAAGCAGCACAUGCUCUUCGCCCUGUACGGCAUCUGCGGGAUCCUGCUGAAAGCGGCGGCAGUGAAAAACAAAGUGAAAGGAGCCCAAAGCCAGUUUCCAAUUGUCCAGAAUGUGACGGUGACAGAGGGAGGGACGGCCAACCUGACCUGUCGCGUGGAUCAUAAUGACAACACCUCCCUCCAGUGGUCAAACCCAGCACAGCAAACCCUCUUCUUUGGGGAUAAGAAAGCUCUGAGAGACAACCGCAUUGAUCUAAUCCGAGCCUCAUGGCAGGAGCUCACCAUCAGCAUUCGUGAGGUUACGCUCGGAGACGAAGGGCUAUAUACUUGUUCCCUCUUCACUAUGCCUGUCAAAACAGCCAAGGCCUAUUUGACUGUACUGGGAGUACCAGAGAAACCAGAGAUCAACGGUUUUACUAAGCCAGCCAUGGAAGGAGACCAGAUCACCCUGACCUGUGUGACUUCAGGCAGCAAGCCAGCUGCAGACAUCAGGUGGUUCAGGAACGAGAAAGAGAUUAAAGGGGCAAAAGAGGUAAACGCCAGUGGGAAGACGUUCACAGUCAGGAGCUCAGUGCAGCUGCAGGUAGACAGAAAUGAUGACGGUGUGGCCUACACAUGUAAAGUGGUCCACGAGGCACUGCGGUCUGUCCCACAGCAAACAACCGAGGUGCUGGAAGUGCACUAUCCCCCUCGUGUGGAGAUCAGGCAUUCUCAAGCACUCCCACAAGAAGGAGACCUUCUCAAACUGGAAUGUGUGUCUAAUGGAAACCCCUCGCCAGACCCUGUGAAAUGGACGAAAGAUGGAGGCAAACUGCCAGACCUGGACCGCAUGAUUGUGGAUGGCAGAGAGCUCACUUUCAUAUCCUUAAAUAAAACGGACAACGGCACCUACCGCUGCGAAGCCAGCAACCAUCUGGGCACCAACCAUGCUGAAUACGUGCUUUUCGUGUAUGAUGCCCUCACUACACCCUGUCCAUCCACAACUCCUCCCCCUGUAGCCAUCCUCCCAGACACCACAGAUGCAUUAGGCGUCAAGCAGUCCGACUCUGCAGUCACCGGUCAGAGAGAUCCUAAUGCUUUGGGACAGCAUGGUCCAGAUCAUGCUCUGAUUGGUGGAGUAGUGGCCGUUGUUGUCUUUGUCACUCUAUGCUUAAUCAUCGUCCUGGGCCGAUAUCUGGCACGACAUAAAGGUACAUAUUUGACAAACGAGGCCAAAGGAGCAGACGAUGCCCCCGAUGCCGAUACAGCUAUUAUCAACGCAGAUGGUAACCACGCACACACAGAGGAAAAGAAGGAGUACUUCAUUUAGACGGCAUCUCCUCUCGCCUCCCCCCGCCUCUCUCUCUUUCCCUGCUCCAUGUAGGAAUCUUCUCUGGCAGCAGUGGAAGUUUCUUCUUCUCAUGUCCUAUGUUCUUUAUUUGAUUCCAUUUUUUUUCUUUUAUCAUUUUGUCCUGAA